GGAAGCUGGAGCUCUCUUCACCGUUCGCACAUUCCGGUAGCCAGAAAUCUCAGAAUAAAUGGAAUCAGUCAGUCCGAGCCAUCAUCGCGCAUGACUCUGAGCCAGCUGCUCACACAGGCAGACUCAUUUUGCUGCUCAUAAACAACGGCGGUCUAGCUCUUGGAGGCACGCACAGCGUGAGAUCUCGCCGAUUUUGAGAGAAGUUUCUGUUCAAACACCUGGCUGCUGCAGCCCACGCUUGAUAGCGCGAGCACACCACAUGCGUUCCCAUUCGACGGAACUUUCCUGUGAUUGCAGAGGUCCUCCCGACAGGGGGAGAAAGAAGAAGGGCUGUCUGGAGAAAAACCAAGCCAAAUUAUUCGUCUUCUAAAGUGCAUACAUACCUACGAUUUUAACACAGACUAUCAUGGGUAUUUAUCGGCUCACCUACCGAACUACAACCACCUUUUUUCGCCAGCUCAACCGUUCCCGCUGACUCAGUUGAAAGCAUUCCAAUCAGGAGAGAGGCAGCAAAAGGUCCAAUGGUUCUCGGAAGUCAUCAUUACCGCCUGCGUUUAGGAAAUUUUGAUUGCUUGAAGGCGCGUGGUUCAGUUAGGUGCAGACGAGCAUAUGGUGUGCCGGGACUGAGGGACCUGUAUUUGAAGGCCAACAUCACGAGAAGGGAAAAAGGAGUGGUUGGUGUUGUAAAACGCUAUCAGUGAAAAGAGAGAAACGAAACCCCCAAUGCUGUGAAGAACCGAUAUCUGCUGAAAACAAAAUGAGGUCUGCCUCCCCAUCCAUGAUACUGCUGAUUCUGUGCCUUCUAGUGAUACCUGCCGUACCCAUUGCGGACAGACAGGAAUGUCAGAGGAAAAAGAGCGGCAAAAAAUGCGAGCGGAAGGAGAAAAAAGAGAAUGCGGCGCCCCUUUUAGCAAAUUUAGCACAGGCAGAUGACAAUAAGACAGGAGACGAAGGCAAAGCAAGAGGAAAAGUAGGAUCAGCCCAUGGCCCCAAAUGGACUAGUGGUCCGCCAAAAGACACACUUCUUAUUCAACGAGAAGGAUCUAAAGCGAUCUUCAAAUGUAGGGCAAAUGGUAAUCCACGGCCAAGUGUCAAAUGGAUGAAGGAUGGACAAACUGUGAGAGCAGAGAAAAACCAACAGUAUCGCAAAAGCAAGUGGAAACUACAGAUUAAUUCUGUAACUAAAGUGGACAGCGGUAACUACACUUGCAUCAUUACAAACCCUUCCGGCCAGCUAAAGUGGACAUAUACACUAAGAGUGCUAGAGAACCAACCUAUAUCAGAGAUUAAUAUCAUCGAACGACCAAAAAAUCAGACAGCACAUGUUGGCGACACAGUAGUCUUUAUGUGUCGGUCUGACACAUGGCCUGCCCCAACCGUGCACUGGACCAGAAAAUCUAAAAGCAAACUAGUAGUUGAAAUAAUACCGAUGGAAAACAAUUCUCUAGCUGAGGUGUUAGUUCUACACAACGUCACCAAAGCUGAUGCUGGAGACUACACGUGCUACAUUGGAAAUGAACUCACCAGCCUCCAGUUGUCGGCUACCCUCACAGUAAUUGAAGAAGGAGAAAGCCUACCAUUUGAACCAAGAUGUUCACUUCAUAUAAGACGCCAGAUCUUGGUGGACAAUACAUUUGGAUGCCAGACAAAAGAGCCGGUUGAAAUAACAUACUGUAUGGGCUCAUGUGGUCGUAGUUAUUUCAUCCCGACUAUGGUUACUACCGAUGACACUGAUAUGCAGGCAAAUCAUCUAAAUCAGACAUGCAAAUGCUGCGUAGGACUGGUGGAGGGAAUUCGAAUAGUACAGCUGAAGUGUCCAUUUGGAGAACAAAAACGUGGCUUUUUCACUCUACUUAGAGAUUGUGAAUGCCAAAGUUGCAGACUUGAAGGUGAAUUUAGCAGAAAGACUGAAGACAAUGUUUCACUUCCGCCAUAAUGUGCCCUGCGAUCUAUCCUACACCAGAUGCCAGAAUUAUUAUUGGAAGAGAACUGUAAAAUGUCAUGAUUUGUAUGCCAUGAAAAAAUCUUUUUGAGAACAACGCAUGAUUAGUAAUAAAUUAAUUCACCCUUAAAGGUCUUGUCUACAUACCAAAUUUUUACAGAUGUUGCUGUAAUAUCUUAUGGGUUUUAACUGUGAAGGAAUACAUUUUCAAUGGUUAAGUGCUUUAAUCAGGGUGUAAAUACUUUUGAAGUGAAAGACCUGAUAAAAUUUAUAAUGGCAGAUGCAGGAAAAUUGUAACUGACAAUAUAGCUUCAACACACUGCAAAGGACAAUAUGAUGAUGUCCAACCACAGACAUCAUCAUAUUAGUGGUUUAUGGAUAGUGCUGUUAGUAUACAGCAUAUAACCUCAAUGUAUAGUGAAAAAAAGUGUUCCAGAAAUUAUAAAACUAGUUGGACCAUGUGUGGUGUCUUGUAGUCAUUUAUCCAAUUUCUCUAUAAAUGAGAAACAGUCUUUAGCUCAACAAGCUAGUUCUUUAUGAAAGUGUUGUUUUGGAAUCUGUGUUCCUGUAAAAAAAGAACUCUACAACAAACUGAAUAGUCAAAAAAAUUUCUCUUGCAUCAAAUCCCAGGAUCCUGAAGAAUGUUUCAGCUAUUCUAUGAGAAUUACAAACAUGAUUGAAAGACAGAUUUUGCCCCUGC